AUGAAUAAAGAAGUGUGUAAAAAGUUCCAGGAUGUAUGGACAAAUUUAGAAUAUGAUUCGAGUAGUGAAAUCUAUAAAUUUAAAGAUAAUAAAGAUUUCAAAGAAUACUGUACUAAUGAAAAUUGUGAUAAUGAUCUCGAUAAUAUUAGUGCUGGAUGUUUAUAUUUGUUUAAUGAAAUUUUUGGAAAUCCUACCUCGUUUAGUUUUAUUGCAAAAGGAAACACCAAUAUUGUUGAAUACAUUUUGAUAUGGUUAAGUUAUAUGUUAAACUAUAAAAGAAUGAACGAAAACGACAGUAUAGAGCCUUUUUAUGAAAUAUUUAUAAAUAAAUAUACUGAAUAUAAUAAAUAUAAUAAAGAUAAUAAGUAUAAUGAGAAAAUAGUUGGUGUUACUGAUUAUGAGAAUUAUAAGGAUCUUAUAGAUAAAAAACAAAAUUUGAUGAGUAUUAGUACUAAAGAUAUGUCUAAAUUUUAUGAUGUAUUUAUAUUAUUAUGUGACAUGUAUAUUGAGUUUGAAACAAACUCAGAUUGCAAUAAAUUUUCGGGACAAGCUAAAGAAUUUGCUAAAAAAUAUGAUGAACUUAAUGAAGAUUAUAAUAAUGGUAAAGGCAGCCCCUAUAAUCAAUUAUUAUCUACAUUAUCAAAUGAUUAUAAUAAUUUAAAAAAUAAAUGUAAUGAUUUUCCAUCACUUCCAACAUAUUCACGAAGAUUAGUAAUAAAAAGGACACUAAUUCCAAUUGCAUUUAUAUUUGUUGCAGUAUCAAUUUUCUUGGGAAUUGCAUAUAAGUAUUCGUUAUUUGGAUUUCGGAAACGAUUUCAAAAGCAAUGUUUAAGAGAAAGAAUAAAAAAUAUAAAGAAGAAACUGAUCAUUAAUAAAUUAUUCUGA